GACUCCGGAGGAUCUCUCGCGAGGAAGGACGCCAUUAUCGCAGCCGCCCGGCCAAACACCACGAGAAUUCGGCAAGGCAAACGAAUCAGAUUUGUAUGAACUGACAGAUCUCUUUCGGUUCAGCCCUACUACCUGUUUCUGAAUGAUGACAGAACAGGAUUUAGCUGAUGUAGUUCAAAUAGCUGUGGAGGACUUGAAUCCAGAUCACCCAGUUGUGUUGGAAAACCAUGAAGUGACAGAUGAAGAUGUAGAUCCCCCUUUGAAACGGCAACGGAUAGAAAUUAAUUGUCAAGACCCGUCAAUUAAGUCGUUCCUGUAUUCCAUUAACCAAACAAUAUGCCUGCGACUGGAUAGCAUCGAGGCCAAGCUGCUAGCCCUGGAUGCAACCUGCAAGUCCCUGGAAGAGAAACUGGAUCUGGUCAUGAACAAGCAGCACAGCCCCAUCCAGGUUCCCAUGGUGGCAGGUUCCCCACUUGGGGCCACCCAGACAUGCAACAAAGUGAGAUGUGUUGUUCCUCAGACCACAGUAAUUCUCAACAACGACCGUCAGAACUCGAUUGUAGCCAAGAUGGUGGGGCAGGAAGAGCCAUUGAACAGAGCAGCAGAUUCACUGGAAAAUAUCCUUAGCAAUGCUGUUCCUGGCCGGAGGCAGAACACCAUCGUGGUCAAGGUCCCAGGGCAUGACGAUAGCCACAAUGAAGACGGGGAGAGUGGUUCUGAAGCCAGUGACUCGGUUUCAAACAGCGGCCAGCCAGGGACUCAGAACAUUGGGAACAAUGUCACCCUUAUUACGUUGAAUUCUGAAGAGGACUAUCCUAGCGGGACGUGGCUUGGGGACGAAAACAAUCCUGAGAUGCGUGUGCGCUGCCCCAUCACCCCGGCAGACAUGCUCCAUAUCAGCACCAACUGCCGCACGGCGGAGAAGAUGGCACUGACGUUGCUCGACUACCUUUUCCAUCGAGAAAUCCAGGCCAUCUCUAACCUUUCUGGGCAGGGGAAGCACGGGAAGAAACAACUCGAUCCCCUCAUGAUUUACGGCAUCCGUUGUCAUCUUUUCUAUAAGUUUGGAAUCACAGAGUCCGAUUGGUAUCGAAUUAAACAGAGUAUAGACUCCAAAUGCCGAACAGCCUGGCGGCGAAAACAGCGAGGCCAAAGUCUAGCUGUAAAAAGCUUUUCGCGACGGACCCCUUCGUCCUCAUAUAGUGGUUCAGAGAGCACCCAAAGCACAGUGUCGGCACCAAACGAAAUUCAGGCCAACCAGCCACAGGCUCUUCAUUAUGCUUUGGCCAAUGCCCAGCAAGUCCAGAUCCACCAGAUAGGAGAAGAUGGCCAGGUUCAAGUAGGUCAUCUCCACAUAGCACAGGUGCCACAAGGAGAGCAGGUCCAGAUCACUCAAGACAGCGAGGGUAACUUGCAGAUACAUCAGGUUCACGUUGGGCAAGAUGGCCAGGUGCUACAAGGUGCUCAACUGAUUGCAGUCGCUUCUUCUGAUCCUGCAGCUGCUGGUGUCGAUGGAUCACCACUCCAGGGGAGCGAUAUCCAGGUCCAGUACGUCCAGCUGGCCCCAGUGACAGACCACUCCGCUGCUAAUCCAAACACAGAUGCACUUCACUCAGCGAUCCAGCCAGAAAUGCAAAUAGACCAUGGAGCCAUUCAGAUCCAGUAGGACAAGGUUUCGAGGAAACAGCCGCCACCCUCUCAGCUCCGGGCCCCCGGCCGGCAGCUCAAGAUUCCAGUCGCAGAGCAAUGUCGUAGCUUCUUCUCGGCCUGCAGGAUGUUUUCCCGUACAUCCCUUGUACAUAUGAGUGUGUUCUUGCUUCUCAGACCCGAGUGUAUGGAAGCACAUACAGAUCUGACUGUUUGGACCAAGAUGCGGAGCUUUGGAUGAGGUGCUGUGGAAUUGCCAUUCUUUCACUCCAUUGCAAGGCUCCCAGGAUCGGUGGUUUAACGGAAUGAGAAAAAACCAACCCUGCAGGAGGCAAAACCUGGCUAACUUUAAUUAAUCGAACUAUUGCAAGUGAUGUAACGCACCACCGUUUCUUCUCUUCUGUGACUCAUCCCUGCAAAUAUCCAUCAGCGUCUCCUCAGACACCUGGUUGUCUUGCAAUACAUACCUUAUUACACAGAAAGAAUCAAGAGUGCAAAUAUAUUUUGCUGUUGAAAGAAGUUUUUUUUUAAUUUGCUAUGUUUAUAAUAAAAAAGAGAGAGACGUAUUUAAAAAAGAAAAUGGAAUGGAGGCAGGGCCAUUAUCAUAAAUGUUAGCUUCUUUUUUGCUGCUGGUUUUCCUGUUUCAGUGUAAUCAUUAAAAAAAGGAGGAAAACCCCUCAUACAAACAGAAACUUUGCCUCUCUUGGGGGGGGUAUUCUUGCUUAACUACUUUUUUUAAAGGGGGGAAACUACUAUCCACCACUGUAAUUAUGCAUUUCUAAAGAAAUAAAUGUGUAUUUAUGAA